CUUAUGGAAGUUCAGUAACACGAGACGCUCCGCGUUUUAUCUCAAUACCGGGAUUGUUGAGAGAGCAACAGGCAACCGUUUUUUACCGGACCGAACUGGAAACACGUCUUACAGGAGUUAGUAAUAAAGUUCCAGAGCAAAGACCUGUCACUGCAAAACUGACCCGUUAAGGAAAACCUUUCCUUUGAGGCUCGCCAACAUAAGUUUGUCACAGCGUAUGUCAGUAUGAGAUGUCGUCCUCCAGUGCUAGCUUCGUUCACAUCCGCUUCGAUGACAUUCGCUUCUUUGAGAACUGUGGCGGCGGGAGUUUCGGGUGCGUUUACCGGGCGCAUUGGAUCUCGCAGGAUAAAGAAGUUGCAGUAAAAAAACUGCUUAAGAUCGACGCAGAGGCUGAGAUCCUCAGCGUCCUGAGCCACAAAAAUAUUAUUCAGUUCUAUGGAGCCAUUUUGGAAGAACCAAACUAUGGCAUUGUCACAGAAUAUGCCAGCAGAGGAUCGCUGUAUGAUUAUUUGUCCAGUACUGAGAGCGAGGAGAUUGAUAUGGGUCAGGUGAUGACAUGGGCCAUGGACAUUGCUAAAGGCUUGCAUUAUUUACAUGCAGAAGCCCCAAUGAAAGUCAUUCAUAGAGACCUGAAGUCAAGAAAUGUUGUGUUAGCUGCAGACAAUGUAUUAAAGAUCUGUGAUUUUGGAGCAUCUAAGUUGGUUUCUCACACAACGCACAUGUCCCUGGUGGGCACCUUUCCUUGGAUGGCACCUGAAGUGAUCCAAAGUUUACCCGUCUCAGAAACCUGUGACACAUACUCAUACGGCGUGGUAUUAUGGGAGAUGCUGACCAGAGAGGUGCCAUUUAAAGGUUUUGAGGGAUUGCAGGUGGCCUGGUUGGUGGUGGAAAAAAACGAGAGGCCGACCAUUCCCAGCAGCUGCCCCGCCAGCUUCGCAAACCUGAUGAGAGUGUGCUGGGUUGCCGAACCCAAGGAAAGGCCGCAGUUCAAACACAUCCUAGGCACGCUAGAGACCAUGAGAAAUGACAGCAAACUGCCAGACCAGUGCAACUCUUUCUUACAUAACAAAGCGGAGUGGAGGUGUGAGAUAGAGGAAACGCUGGAGCGAUUGAAGCAGUUAGAGAGAGAGUUGACCUGUAAAGAGCAGGAGCUGGCAGAGAGAGAGAGGAGAUUGACCGAGUGGGAAAACAGACUCAUGGAAAGAUCUCGAUCCUGCACUCCGAUGUUUUCACACAUUUCACCCAUGGCGGCCACACUCAGUGCCGAGACCUUCUAUGAGGCUCACGUGGAGGAGAGCAACAGCUCAGAGGUCAGCUGCCAAAUUUCAUCCAAUGGAGAUCUGGGCCAGUCAAGCCUUCAAAAGCUCAUGCUGGGGUUCGGAGGUGUGUUUGACCUGGACAUGGAUGUUUCUGGCGGUAACCUCAUCCGGCAGUCGGGAAUGCAGGUGAACAUGCAAGCUAAGACAAACUCCUCCAAGUCCUGCAGUGUUCGCGAGGGCCGCAAAAUGAACAUGGCUCUUACCAUGGAUGACUUUGUCUGGUCCGACGACGAUGACAGCGAUUAGUGGAGGGCAGAAGGGGGAAAUGGGGUGGGGGUCAGAACUGGUUAAACUAUUAUAAGCUAGUUUAAUUUUGGAUUCCAACAAUGGGAAUUAGUUUAAAUAAAUAAUAAUCAAAAUACUUUAUAGAUUGAUGCACCCAAAUGCGGUAUGUUAUAUGAUUCAGAAUUUCAGACCAGAAUGUUACGCUACUUUAGCAGAAAGGAAGUUCUGAUAAUAACGCCUAACCAGUACAAAUUUGUGUGUGUGUGUGUUUUUUUUUUAUUGGGUACUAGAGGGUACUGCAUACUGUAGAUGACCAUAUAUGGCAGGAUUUACCAUGGUAAGGAAGGAUUUUCUGAGAUUUUCCCUGUGAGACGGAUGACAGAGUUCAUAUUUGCAAUAUUUAUGAAGUGUUAGGUCGAUGAAGUAUAAUUGGAUUUGUGAAGCUGUGUUUUUGUAAAGCCCUGAAGUUUUUAUAAAAUAAAGGAAACAUUUAAGAACAUGUGUGAAAUGAGUCAAAC